UACCCUACGUCUUAAUAAAAAGUUUAUACGCAUAUAUUUUUAUUAACCCUAACAACAUAAACGCAGCAUCAAACGCUUGCAAGGAUCCGAAAUCGUGCGGUUUUGAUAUCUAUGAAUUAAGAAGAGAGUUCUUACCAACAAACUGCACUGGGAUCUUUGAGAAAGUAUACUUUCGUGAAAAAUUGCAGCCAAAUUGCGAAGAGAUAUUCAAGUUUCAUGAGACGGAAAUGGGCUACUGCUUUCUGGCAAACAAUCUAUUGGACUAUAAGUCUAUCGAAGAGAUGCCUCUCAGGUAUUCUUCGUUGGAGAAACACCGAAAUCUGCGAUUGAUUUUACGACCAACUACAAUGUAUGGGUAUGAGUUGUAUGUCAACAGCCCUGAGGAUCUUCCCUUCUUCAAUGCCUUGUCCUACAGCAUCUCACACGAACCCCAAGUACACGCCUUCAACGUCGAGGAGAUUGACAAUCACGAAGGCGUCAUCGACGAGCCCGUUUCCCAAAGGAAGUGCAAGUUCCCAAGCGAAAGUUCCGUCGAGGGGUUUCCUUACAGCUUCUCGACCUGCAUGUCCAUCAUCCGGAACGACAGUAUCUUUUGCGGAAUGUUGGAUCUCAACUGCUUGGAAAAUGCAAAGUUGGCAUCUAGAGUGAAGGAUUACGUUGGACAGAACAUGGCUUGCCUGCCAUCCUGCGUGGAGCAGCAGAUAAGUCUAGUGGGGUCCCAACUAGAUAAAAACAGCUCAUACAAGAAUCAAGAACAAGUCGUCGAUAUUCAAAUAGCCUCUCCACCCACAGCGAGGUAUCACCGAACAGUCACCCAGACCAAGCUGGAUCUAAUAGUUGGCAUCGGAAGUGUGGUAGGACUCUUCUUCGGCGCAUCCCUGCUGAACCUCUUGGAGAUCAUAUCGUACUUCAUAAAGACGGUCAAGACUAUGGUUUUCGGUUAA